CCUAGCUCCUGCUCUCUGCUUUGGAGGCGCUUCUGCAGAUCUCUGCGGCCUUGUUUGGCGAAGAUGGUGAGGGUUAGUAUCCUGAAUGAUGCUCUCAGGAGUAUGUACAAUGCAGAGAAGCGUGGGAACCGACAGGUGAUGAUCAGACCUUCCUCAAAAGUGACCGUCAAAUUUCUCAUGUUUGCGCAGAAGCAUGGUGGCAUUGGAGAGUUCGAGUAUGUUGGCAAUCACAGGUUUGGGAAGGAUUAUUGUUGAACUGAAUAGGAGACUAACAAAUGUGGGGUUAUCGGUCUUCAUCUUGAUAGGGGCGUCAAAGAUGUUGAGCCAUGGACUGCUAGGCUGCUCCCCUCAAGACAGUUUGGAUAUAUGGUGCUAACUACUUCGGCUGGCAUCAUGGAUCAUGAAGAGGCUAUGAGAAAAGAAGAGAAGCAGGGUUGCUGAGGUCCAUGAUUCAUUUGA